UAAUUUUAGUAUUCAACAUGUUUCUCACCUUUUAGAUCCAAUCGAAUUCUCAUCUCCGCCUCCUUUAAAAUAAGACCAAAACCCUAAGCAUCAUUUCCCAACACAAGAAUCUUCUCAAACCCCUUUGCAAACCAAGAUCCAAUCAUCAAUACUCAAUCUACUAAGAUCGAAGCUAAAUAAUGUCAAUGGCUAGCUCUUCCUCCAUCACCGUCGCCCACAACUCGGCCAUCUCUUCGGGUACGAGGUUUCAAGCUCUUUCUUGGAAUCCCAUCUCGAGAUUAGCCGUUUCCAAGCGCAAGAGCGAUGAAUUGAGCUUCUGGGCCGCCAAGAAAACAGUACUCCGACAUACUACCAGGAAAUUUGUUGUGAGUGCUAACACUGCACCUGGAGUUCCACCUGCAGCUGGCCCACCACCUUCUUCAAAGCCCAUGAGCUGGAUUCUUGGACUAGUGGUAUCAUUUAUUCUACCCUUUUUCACCAACAAAUGGGGGCCUUUAUGGGUGAUUAAAAACAAGCUUGAAAACGCGGUCCAAACGGUGGAGAACAUAGUGGAGGCGGUGGAGAAGGUGGCGGAUUCUGUCGACAAGAUCGCUGAGGACAUCGCCGACGAUCUCCCCGAGGGAUCCAAACUGCGCGAUCUUGUCGAGAAGGUUGAAAGUUUGGCUGAGAAAACAGCCAAGACGGCUGACUCUCUUGAUGACGUCAUUGAUAAGGUCCAAGAAGCUGGAGAUCAUGUGGACGACAUUAUAUGCGCAACCAAAGCAGAAAGUGAUCUGCUGCAGCAAAAGAAAAAUAGUUGAAUUUAUUCAUUUUAUCUAUGCUAAAACACCAAAUUUAGUUACCCUUUUCGAUGUUAUAAUUUGUAAAUAUACUCCAGAAAUUUCAAAUAAUCCCAAUUUAUUUUUUUCCUUUUUA